AUGCCAGACAUGUUCCCUCAAUUAGAAAACGGCUCAUCAUUGGGACCUGAACAACUCGUCCCACGUCUGUUGGCCGAGCCGGAUAGCGCACAGGCCUUACCGGCCGAGUACAUUAAUGAAUUGGUUAUACGUUUUACGGAUGAUGGACUUGAUAUGAUUCUGGGAGCAGCCGUCUCUAUUAUAUCGCAGCAACUUUGUAAUCUAGAUAUCCUGGGUGAUUAUAAGCGCCAUUUGCAGACACUGACGUUCCUCUGCGAAAACAAAACGAUCGCUGCCAUGCUGCCAACAUUACCUGAAUUCGAUCCAGCCGAUGCAACCGCUAAAAACAUUGAAGAAGUCUCGCUACUAGGGCCUUUCCUUCGGCUUACGGCUUAUCCUGACAGUGCGCCCAAGGUGGCCGAGAACUUUUUCCAGAAUGCCGAAGAAAGAUAUUCAGCGGACUUGGAAUCUUGCAUGAACGGUUUACGAGGCACAGUGCACAACAUCCAGAGGACCCUAUUUGGUAUUAUCAACAGCAUUGUUCGGUCAGGUCCAGCUGCCCGUGAAGCUGUGCUUGCCUAUUUUGCUCACAUACUGCGGUUGAACGAAAAGCGUGCUCAGAUGCAGGUUGAUCCGCAGACGGUAGCAAGUGAAGGCUUCAUGCACAAUAUUGCAGCAGUAUUGCUAGAUUUAUGCGAUCCUUUUAUGGAUGUAAAGGCGUCAAAGAUUGAUAAAAUUGAUCCAACGUAUUUCCGCACAAGUCACCGUCUUGACAUUAAGGAGGAUACCAAGAUUAGUGGAACAAAGGAACAAUCGGAUGAAUAUUAUGGCGAUUCGCGACCCCAAAAGGAACACAAUUUCAUUACCGAGAUUUUCUUCCUUACCAUAUGCUUCAUGCAUUAUGGUCCCAUCCGAUCCUGUGUCAACUACAACGAGUUCAAGCGAGAAUAUUCUGAACUGAAGCGACAGACCGAGCGCAUGGAACAGGAGAUGGCUCGUAUGGGUAGUUCGGCUGUAAGUAGUAGUUGUUUUGAAAAGAGCCUUAGCUAUGACUUUCUUAUGAAGCGUAUGAAAGCACGUUUGGACAUCAUGGCGAUGCACAAGAGGGCCUAUGAGUCUAUGCUGAUGGAUACUGAGUUUCUCUCACAAGCAAUGCGCUUCCUCAACCUGGUCAUGUCUUGGCUCAUUCGUCUUGUCGAUUCUCGAGAACAACAUCCGUGGAAGACUGUGACGCUCCCAUUGGCUCAAGAGAUUCCUGAAGUGUUUGCCAUGUUACCAGAAUGGAUCAUUGAAGAUAUUGUUGAAUUCUUUAUCUUCCUCGGAAAAUUCUGUUACCAAACUCCAACUUUCCGUAGUAACUCACAAGAAGAGGUUGUUGCCUUUAUCAUCACCUUUUUGCGCAAUUCAAAAUACAUCAAGAAUCCAUACUUGAAAGCGAAGCUUGUUGAGAUUCUCUUCUUUUUCACUUAUCCUCUCGGUAAAGGCAUACCCGGCGAACUGGAACCUAUGCUCAACUCCCACCCACUUUCACUGGAUCAUUUAGUACCAUCAUUGAUGAACUUUUAUGUUGAGGUGGAACAGACGGGUACUAGUUCCCAGUUUUAUGACAAGUUCAACAUUCGUUACAACAUUAGUCAUAUCAUGAAGACCAUAUGGAACCACCCGGCCCAUCGCAGCAAGUUGCGCGAGGAAAGCAAAAAUCACGAACUCUUCACGCGCUUUGUCAACAUGCUGAUGAGUGACGUUACAUAUCUAUUGGACGAGAGCUUAAGCAAGUUAUCAGAAAUCCAUCAAAUACAGACCGAAAUGGAUGAUACUACAGCAUGGGAAGCCCAGCCUCCACAACAACGACAAGAGCGCGAAGGCACGCUGCGUACAUUGGAGCGUCAAGCACAAUCUUAUGUGGCAUUAGGUAAUGAGACGGUUCAUAUGCUCCAGUACCUCACCAAAGAAGUCGUCGAACCGUUCAUGGUAUCAGAAGUGGUGGAUCGAUUGGCUGCUAUGCUUGAUUACAACCUUGCACAACUUGUUGGACCCAAGUGCCAAGAGCUAAAGGUUAAGAACCGUGAAAAGUAUCAUUUCCAACCCCGUGUCUUGCUUUCGGAAAUCAUCGAUAUCUACUUACAUUUGAGCUGUCCUGCUUUUGUGGAAGCUGUCGCACGUGACGGGCGAUCCUACAAAAAGGAAUACUUUUCCAAAGCCGCAUCGAUUCUGCUCAAGCAACGUCUGAAGCAUGCAGACGAUGUAGCUUCAUUGGAAGCAUUUGUCAACAAGGUCGAAGAGGCUAUCCAAUGUGGCGUUGAAGAGGAGGAAGAAUUGGGCGAUGUUCCGGACGAAUUCUUGGAUCCUAUUCUUUCCAGCGUGAUGGAAGAUCCCGUGCUAUUGCCUACCUCAGGCACCAUCAUUGAUCGCAGCACGAUCCGUGCACACUUGCUGAGUGAUACUCGUGAUCCUUUCAGCCGUGCUCCACUCUCGAUGGAUAUGAUCCAGCCAGGUAUGAUAAAAAGACACCCCCGCAAGGAGCUUACUAAUACUGUGUUCAUCUUUACGUAA